GAUAAUAACGCAACUCGGUACCUUUCUACUAGUGCUUCUCUGCUGGUAGUCGCAAGAUUCGCUCCAGUUCUCGGCCGACGGUGCCUUCCUCAAGCAGGCACUUUUCUCAUUAGCGACAAGGACUACAAGCCAUGGACCUGCUAGGGGGCUAUGGCUCAGAUGGCGACGGAUCGGGCAGCGACAGUGAGCGAUCGGCACCCCCGGCGCCCUCCUCAGUGCGGAAGCACGCCCCGGCCACUGUGAGCGUCCUGGGCUCCAUGCCCCCGCCAAAGACCGUGCCAAGUCGGACACCAGCCACCAACGCAGCCGGAGAAGAUUUCUUCUCCAGCCUGCCACGGCCCGGGGGCGCCUCGGGCCUCUCCAGCCUCCCGCCGCCCUCCUCAUCCUCACUAGGCGGCGGCGGGGCCGAAGGCCGCACCGCGGGAGGCAAGAAGGUCAUAAUGCUACCGCUGCAGCGGCAGCUGCUGGCAGCUGCCGCCCUGGAUUCGGACGACGAGGAGGAGCCCGCAGCCAAGCGGUUCAAGGCCGGGGCGGGCGGCAAGUCAAAGCUUAUGGACUUUCUGCCUCCACCUAAGAACGACACCGGGCCCAUUACGGGCACACUGGGCGGCGGCCUGUCGCGCUCUUCCAAGGCCUCGGGUGCGGGUGCGGGUGCGGCUGGCGCUUUUGGUUCAGCGGGGCCAGGGCCCUCCUCAGCAGCUGCAGCCGCAGACGCAGUGUCAGGCGCGGGCAGUGGCGGCGCGAGCGCGGCCCUGCCGUCGGACUUCUUCGCGGGCAACGAGGCGGCGGCGUACAGCAACGAGGCCUUUCGUGUGGCGGAAAACGAAGGACCGGCACCGUACGGCGGCUACGACCCUUCAGGCGCCGGCGGUGGCUACAGCGGGUACGGCCACCACCACAACGACCCCGCGCACGCGGCGGCGGCGGCCGCCGCCGCUGCCGCCUAUUACUCAGCGCAGCAGCAGGACGUGUACGGGCCAGGGCCGGGCGCGGCGCGCAGCAAACACGCGGCGUCGGCGCUGGCGGCGGGCGUGGACGAGGGAGCAAGCGCGGACUUGUUGGAGGAGGCGCUGAAGGCGGAGCAAGAGCGCGCGGCCAAGCGCGGCGGCGGCGGCAAGGCGGGCAUGUUUGGGCCCGGGGUCAAGGUGGUGGAGGUGAAGGCCAAGGAUCUCACGGCGAUGGACCCGGCGGCGAGGGAGGCGGCCAAGACGGCGCAGGACGCGCUGGGUUCCGAGUAUGCGAUGGCGCUGCGGCGCUCGGCGGCUCCCUUCGAGGGCAACAAGCUGGCAAAGCGCAAGCACCAGAUCGGCACACUGCUCUUCAACGCCCGCAUGCAGGAGUUGGACCAGAUGGAGAAGCGCACCGUGGGGCAGAAGAGCAAGGCGGAGACGGCGGCCAAGUACGGUUGGUAGUGGGGCGCGCGGAGAGGUCCUGCAUCCCCGCAGUACUGGUCUGGCUGGCUGGCUGGCUGUGGCUGGCUGGCUGGCUGGCACCUCGUCCAGAAAGCACGGCACAGCGGUGCUGCGGUAGGCAAGGGUAGCACGUGAAAUGGAACCUGUUGGCUUGAAGUGGCAGAGGGUGAUGGCAGCAACAGCUUGCACUGCUGGUGUCUGUGUAAUCGGAGUGCGGAGGGUCGCGAAGACGCGGAGAGGAAGCAGUGAUAGAGCAGGAUCGAGUGGAAUGCCAUGCCUUGGGUUGCCUUGACAGUGCCCCUGACUAACGUCAAAAUUGUGGGCAGCAGCGAGUGCAGUGGUCAAGGUUGCAGCUGCAGGGAUGGCCAGCAGUCGUGUUGUGGCCGCUGGCUUGUGAAGAACGGGCGGCCCCGGGGACCUGGCACCUUAUGUGUGCGGUGGCACGGUGGCACCCGAUUAAUGCGUGCACCC